AUGAGCACUGUGGAGGAGUACCAGCUAGUGGCAGCUGGCCUAAUGCAUAACGCUCUUGUUCAGUCUGCUCCUAUCAUGGGGAAGCUUUUGUCAAAAAUAUUUGGCAAGAAAGAAAUGCGAAUACUCAUGUUAGGAUUAGACGCUGCUGGAAAAACGACUAUAUUGUACAAAUUGAAGCUGGGCCAAUCAGUAACGACGAUACCAACUGUGGGAUUCAACGUUGAAACAGUGACAUAUAAAAAUGUGAAAUUCAACGUAUGGGAUGUGGGAGGGCAGGACAAAAUUCGCCCACUUUGGAGGCACUAUUAUACGGGUACACAGGCACUUAUUUUUGUCCUAGAUGCAGCUGAUCGUGACAGAGUCGAUGAAGCACGAGUUGAACUACAUCGUAUCAUCAACGACCGAGAGAUGAAAGAGGCUAUAAUUCUUGUUUUUGCCAAUAAGCAAGAUCUUCCCGACGCCAUGAAACCCCACGAGAUUCAAGACAAAUUGGGUCUCACACGAAUUCGGGACAGGAAUUGGUAUGUGCAGCCUACCUGCGCUGCACAAGGAGAAGGCUUGCACGAAGGCUUAUCUUGGCUUAGUAGUAACUGCAAGCCCUAGCACUUCUGCCAUUCAGAAAAGAUUCUUAUCAGUCUUCAUUUGUAUUUCUGUGUUGAUUCCUCUAAGAGAUUGUGCACACCAUUGUCCUCAUAAGGAGAAUGACGAUAACCGUGCCACGGCUGUGCCGAUUGUAUAUUGAACGUAUUUUAAUACAGUGCCAAUGUGCCCAGUGGUUCUCGCACAUUAAUCUUUGCCGUUUAUAAUGUCAAAUCGGAUAUGUUACCAAUUCAGCUGAUUUCGUUAUGUCAGCUAG